AUGGAAGAAACAUUUCCGAAACUUUUCGAUUGUCCUGAUUAUCUUCAAGGAAAAUAUUGUCAUGCAUUAUGUAACUAUCGUCAUCAAACAGAAGAAGAAAAGCAAGCGAUCAAACGAUACCAUGAAUCACUUGAAUUAAAACCAAAUCCAAGAAAAUCUAAACGAUUUGGUCCAGUUUAUAUCAUUGCUGGACCUGAACGAUCAGGAGCAUCAUGGUUAUUUAAUGCUGUUCGUUUACUUCUUAUACAUCAAGAAAGUCCAUCUGGUCCAGCAGAUAGUUAUCGUUUAAAUCAUAUAACAAAAAAUGAUAUCGAAACACGUUUAAUUGAAGCAGGUGGUCGACCAUUAGUUGUACGAACAAUGCGUAUACCUGAUUCAGAUUGGGCAGAAAGUCUUGAUCUCUCUGGACAUGGUUAUAUGGUAUUCGUUUCUCAUCGAGAUUUACGUGAUGUUAUUGAUGAUUGUUUAACAAUUGGUUGGAUGAAACAUGAUCUUGGAGUUAUUUUGUCAAGACUCAGAGCAUAUAUGACUUCAUUUGAAUAUUGGCGUUCAAUUGCUAAAGGUGAUUUUCGUUAUGAGAGUAUACAUAGUGAACCAGUUGAACAAGUAAAACAUCUUGCACGUUUAAUCGGUCUUGAAAGCACGAACGCUGAACAUAUAGCAAGAGAAAUUUAUUCAUUAAGACCUGGUCAAGCUGUUGGACCUGAUCAAGUAUCAAAAAUGUGGCCAGCUCAACGUGUUAUUGAAGCAUCACGUGCAGAUGGUGAUGAUGAUAGUGAAAAGAAAAUGGAUGUCGAUGGAAAGGACGCAACAACAACAGUUGUUGUUGUACCUCUACAAGCAAAAUUAUUGGAAAGUGAACGAAAGAAAAUUCGUGAAGCUCAUGCCGAUUAUCAUGAUCGUUAUGGUUACGUCUGA